AUGUCGGAACUUGUGCCUGCCAAGAUUGAAGAUGCGCUCAUUGGUCCAAGCUUGCAGCUCUCCCGCAGCACCUCCGCACCUCCGCAACACGUCGUCCGUUUCACUGUGCUCAUCGAAAGCUCAGCCAGCUCUGAGAAGACAUGGGAUGUCGCGUUGUGGCACAACUUCGAAGACUCCAACCACUGGACCAGCCUGAGCUUGCAGCCAGCCCCAGAGCCUAGUGUGGAGGAGCCAUGGAAAUGGGCGAAUGAAGCAUUUUCUACAUCAGACGGGCACCUCAUCUACCAGUCUCCCGAUCCAGUCAAGGACGAUUUGACACACUACAUAGAAGAGCUACCGUCUUUCCUUAGCAUCCAAAAGGAACAAAGUGAUACCCCUGAGACCCAGCUUUGGUCCAUAACCGGCUCUGUAAAAGCUGCUUCUGGCAAAGAACCUGGUAUGCUGAACGAGAAGCUCGGUAAACCGACAGACUUCUCACGCUGGUUCGCCGAGACUCGAAUAUGGAGCCCCUGGCUUGCGCCCCGACAGGGUAGGGAAAAGUUCCAACCGGACAAAGAUGCCAUCUUGACGGCUUUUGAACGAAAAGACGGAUCUCAUUUAGUCAUCCUUGCCGUAAGUGGCAUGAAAGACGUGCUAACGGUUUUUCGCCAUGACUUUGACGGACGUAUAGUCAUCAGUUCACAGAAUGACCGCGAAGAGGAAGGAGUUUUUAGUCUCAUCGCUGCGGUUGGUAAGACUUUGGAGAAUGCCGUUGCUGCUACCAUGUAUCACGCACGAAAGAUUGUCAUGAGGUAUGAAGAGAUGGAAGGACAACUUGACGCAGAAUACCAAGCUUUGAUGAAAGACUUCAAACCUGAAUGGCUUGAGAACUGGUAUGAUGGCCUAGCGUAUUGCACUUGGAACGGACUUGGCCAAAACUUGACCGAAGAAAAGAUAUUCGACGCUCUUGACUCACUGUCCAAGAAUGAAAUCAACAUCAGUAAUCUGAUCAUCGACGAUAACUGGCAAUCGUUGACCAAAGGUGCUACUCAAUUCGACAACGGUUGGAUCGAAUUUGAAGCGAACAAAACUGGUUUUCCCCGGGGCCUUAAAGCGACUGUAGGGGACAUCCGCAACAAACACAAACACAUUAAGCACAUCGCCGUUUGGCAUGCUAUUCAGGGGUAUUGGGGGGGCAUUGCGCCAGAUGGUAAGAUUGCCAAGGAAUAUAAGACAGUCAAGGUACAAACAAAGGACGGUGUAUCAAAGAGAGAGGUUACCAUGGUCGCUCAAGAGGACGUCGGACGAUUCUACAAAGACUUUUACGAGUUUCUCAGUUCCACCGGAGUUGACUCGGUCAAGACAGACAGCCAGUUUUUUCUCGAUGAGAUCAAGAACGCCGAUGAUCGACGCCAUCUGAUUGAAGCGUAUCAGGAUGCCUGGAACAUCAAUCAGCUACGAUACUUCUCUGCCAAAGCCAUUUCCUGCAUGUCACAAACGCCACAGAUAUUAUUCCACUCUCUGCUUCCGUCGAACAAGCCACGGAUCCUGCUGCGCAAUUCGGACGACUUCUUUCCAGACGUACCGGCGUCCCAUCCGUGGCACGUCUUCUGCAACGCCCAUAACUCUAUCCUUACACAAUACCUCAACAUUUUGCCAGACUGGGAUAUGUUUCAGACGUCUCACGACUAUGCUGGUUUCCACGGCGCCGCUCGCUGUGUCUCCGGAGGCCCCAUAUACAUCACAGAUGUACCUGGGCAACAUGGUGUGGAUUUGAUCGGGCAAAUGACCGGAAAUACACCACGUGGUGACACAGUAAUCCUUCGCCCGCACACGGUUGGCAAGAGUAUUUCAGCAUACAAUGCUUUCGACGAUCCUGUGCUCCUCAAGGUCAGCACGUACGUCGGAAUGGCCCACAGCGGGAUCAGCAUUAUUGGUGUCUUCAACUGCGCCCCACGACCUCUCGCAGAGCUCAUUGGUCUCGACUCUUUCCCAGGUGCCGAAAAGGGAACAUACAUCAUCCGUAGUCACACGACCGGUCAAAUCACCAAACCCACAAGUGUCAAGGAUAACAGCGCAUUGGUCCACCUUGAGCUGCCUGUACGGGGUUGGGAGAUACUAUCCGCAUACCCAUUGCAAUCGUUCAAGCUAGAACGCGAAAAGCCCGGCAGAGGGCUAGCCGACAUCUCAGUGGCCAAUCUUGGUGUCCUCGAGAAGAUGACUGGUGCAGCUGCUAUCAUCAACGCAGAUAGCUAUAUCGAAAGAUCCUCGGGCAGGUUGCGAAUCUGGACUUCACUCAAGGUGCUCGGCACUUACGAUUUGAAAGAGCGAUCGAUCGAAGACGACUUCUUCGCUGUGCUGUUUGGUCGACCCAUCCCAAUUGAUUGCGUUGCGGUCAGCAAAACCAACACGAAGAGAGCUCGAGUCGUUCGUGCGGCACCUCCUAAUGCACCCAAGACGAACACGAAGCAGUCUUAUCUCAGACCUGGACCAAGAGCAUCCGAACACAACAAUGCAAUCCCGCCCCCAGAGGUUACUACCAAGAUCGAGCUCUUAUGCCUGCAACUAGCAACCAUGACCAUCCAGCGAGACGAGGCGGUCGACCUAUCCAAGGACAUCGCCAACGAACGCGACAAAUUCAAGAUCAUGUUUGGUACGGGGCAGAAGGGCCUAAAGGACUCGCACGUCAGAGUGAGAUCGCUGAAUACCGAAGUCAAUAAACUUCUCGCAAGAGUCAUAGGCGCGAAGGCACGGAAUGAAUUGCUGCGGAAUGAUAUGGUUGCGGAUGCUGAGGUUGCGCAGACUGAGAAGAAGGAGUUUCAGGACAAGAUUGACAACUUGUUUGUCGAAAAGACGGAAUUGUUGAAGGCCGCCGAGACUGAGAACGCAUCUCUGCGCCAACAAGUGACGAGCCUGCAAACUGAGAACAGGAAGCUUCAACACUCGGUCAUGGCACCUGCAGACAAGACUCAGUCGCUUGACAUUGCUGAGACUGAGACUGCCCAGGCGGCACAGAAGCCAGCAGACGAGAAGCUGGCGGCCGAGAAGAGAACGAACCAGAUUUUGAAGAACAAGGUUACGGAAUUGGAGCACGCACCGUCGCGGAAUCGGAAGAUGUUCGAAGCCCAAAUUGCGCAGGAACAGGCUAGGAUCGUAAAGCUAGAAAAAGAGCUAGAUGGCAAGAUUGCUGAGAUUAAGACCAAGGAUAGUGAGAUUGAGGAGAUGAUUCGGGGUCUGGAAGAGUGCCAUAAGGCAGCUACGACUGCUGCUGAUGGGCAAGACGACCUUGAUGAUCUGUUCACCGGCACAGAUGAGAUUACCAAGCUCGAACAGGAACUAGCCAAGAUCAAGCAGGAACAUGUCUGGGAGCUCAGAGGCAUUCGCUUGCAGAUGGGACGAAUUGGGGAGUAG